ACUUUUCUCAAAAUAGUGACAAAUGGUGAAAAAAAAUCAUAAAAAUUUAGCAGCAUUUUACAAGAAUUGUGUGCUGUAAUACAAUUUUAAUUAAAUAAAAUCUAAAUUCUCAUGCUCGAAACCGGUCGAAUCAGUCGAGCAGUCUUGAUCGUGCUAUCUCGCUCUUGCACGAAUGCGGGCGAAAAUGGUUAACAAUUUCGCCCGAACGAGCGAACAGAGACGCACUCAUUUUUUCCCUGUCUUCUCGUGAGGAAGAAAUUCUACCCAGGCAGCCAUCUUUAUUUUGGAAACGUGAAUUUUUGUCAGCAUUUAAAGCAAUAUUUGGUACUUCCACGGUGAGGUACAGCAGCGACCGUCACUCGGUUGGCAUUGCAAGUGGCCAAUGUGCAGAAAAGGAGCCGUAAAGUGAUUACAUCAAUGGGACAAUAGUUUCGCACGCAUUGCUGUAAAAAGCCAAGCGGAACGGAUCGAAAUAGCGAAGGGGCAUUAUUAGUGUUCUGCGGUUUCGGUGCGCUGGUGUGUGUUCGCUAUUUGUAGCGAAGAUAGAAGAACGGAGAAGGAAGUGCGCCAAUGUUUGUUUCUUGUGCUGCAUCAGAAACUGCUUUAUUCGCGGCAAUACUUGAAUUUAUCAUAAUUGGCUACGUUCUUGGAGCGGUGAAGGACAAUACGCAGCAUGUGGGAAGAAUAAAACAGUUGAAAGGAUUCAUCUCGCAGGUGUGAGGCAAACACACACGGAACGUUGGUUCUACACGUACAGAAUAUGAGCUUGUUUGUGGUGGUGUGCGUACGAACAUCGAAAGCCGAUCUGUGGAACUGACUCGUAUGAAACAAAAUUAAGGCAAAUGAGUUAUCCCUUCUCGGUUCACAACAACCUGCAUUGGGCGCAUCCAGCCCUGUGAUUAGAAUAGGGAACGUCAUUAACGGCGCAUCGCAAGAACUAAAAAUAUAUGUAAGAUCGUCGUCACACCAGGAAUAGAACGUUAUUUUUACGGUACAAGAUUAAAAUAGUGUGUUGAUAAAAAGUGUUCAACGGAACGGGAGCAGUAUUUAACGCCAAGCGAAUACACCAGAAAGGAUCACGCACGCACACACUCAAACAUAUCGUACCCUCUGUGCACAAAGGAGACCUGUACGCACAGCAGCUGUCGUCGUCGUCGUCGUCGUCCGUCGCCGUCGUUGCGAUAGCAGUUUGUUGUGUGUUAGUGUUGUAAAGAAGGAUAAAGGAUUAAAGCCAGAACGAUUGAAUGUUGUGUGUGUACGUACCGCUUUGCUGCUGAUCGUGCGUGUGUUGGUGUGAAGGACACGGCGGUGCUGCUGAAGGAUCCCGUUGUUCGUGGGGUGUCUGCGGCUUUUGGAUUGUCUCCGAGGCGAACAGAUAAUUUCGCCAGGGUACUGCGGACAGUGGAAGUUAAGCUGGUGAAGCUGGAGUACCGUGCACCGGGAGUACCGGGGCUACGACGACGGAAAAGUGAAGGGUUACGUAGAUCCACUGGAGGAGCUACUGAUGAUGUCCUCCCACCAUCACCAUCAUCCGCAUCAUCAUCACGAUAACAUCAUGUCGGAGGUGGAAGUGCCGGAUGCAAACAUAGUGGAGGUGGUGGACGGAAGUGCCGGUUUCGGGACCGAGAUUGAUUACGAUCAGUACGGCGGUGUGGAUGGGCACUACGAGGAGGUAACGUGCGAAACGGAAGACUCGCAGGGACUGAUGGGGCACCAUCUGCACCACGGGGACGAUGAUGAGGAGAUACUGCACCACGAACCAGACAUUGGACAGGCAGUGCACGAGGAGGUGCUGGAUUCGUCCGGCGAUGCGAUGUGCGUGUACGGGGACAUCAAUCUGGAGAACGAAAUCUACAUCGAGUCGGCAACGACUACCCCGGGACCAUCGUCCAGGAAGCGAAAGUCGCUCAAGCAGUCCCGCAGCGGCGGCAUGAUGAAUCGGAUUCGGGCGAACGAUAACCACAGCAACCACCACAGCCACCAUCACCACGGGCUAACGGCUGUGGAGCAGCUGGACGUGAACCAUAAGCGGCGCCGCUGGGAGCAGAAGCAGGUGCAGAUCAAAACGAUGGAGGGCGAGUUCAGUGUGACGAUGUGGGCGUCCGGUACGGAUGAUGAUGACGGUUCCAAUCCGGAAAUCGACCCAGACUACACGGAGUACAUGACGGGCAAGAAAAUAACACCGGACUGCGACAGUAUACCAGGCAUCGACCUCUCUGAUCCGAAGCAGCUGAGCGAGUUUACUCGGCCGGCACACAAAACGAAAGGUAGCAGCGGUAAGCUAUCGUCCAGCUCGUCCGCCAACAUGCUGUCGUCCGACGGACCGGGACUAAUACUCGGCGGUGACAGUGGCAGCGGUGGUGGCAAAUCAUCCGACGUGUCAGACCGCAACAUUGCUUGCCCGCACAAGGGCUGCACCAAGAUGUUCCGUGACAAUUCGGCCAUGCGGAAGCAUCUACACACGCACGGUCCACGGGUACACGUGUGUGCCGAAUGUGGUAAAUCGUUCGUCGAAAGUUCGAAGCUAAAGCGCCACCAGUUGGUGCAUACCGGCGAAAAACCAUUCCAGUGUACGUUCGAAGGUUGCGGCAAGCGGUUUUCGCUGGACUUUAAUCUAAGAACGCACGUGCGGAUACAUACGGGCGAUCGGCCGUACGUGUGUCCGUUCGAUGGCUGCAACAAGAAAUUCGCCCAAUCCACCAACCUCAAAUCUCACAUUCUAACACACGCGAAAGCAAAACGCAACAGCAGCAGCAGUAGCAGUGGCAGCAGCAGUAGAAACCAGAGCCUAAUGCAGACCGCGUCACCGCAUCACACGACGUCGGGUAUUUUGCCACCUCAGGCCUUUGUGAAGAUGGAAUCGGUCGAGAUCGACAAUGAUGCGUCGCAGUACAUAAUCUACACGGAUUAAACAAUACGGUUACUAGGGCACACACUGAGACCCCCCCAACACACACACCCACAUAUAUACCGAAGAAAAAUGAGGAAAGCACACACAAUUUGCCAUUUAACAUUUGAGAGACACCGUUUAGGCCAGAAAUUGUAUAGAUUUUACUGAGUCGAAGGAACAGAACAAUACAAGAUAACGAAGCAAACGUGAUAAGUAUGAGAAUAACAUCCAGAUACAGCAGAUCGAGUCUUGUAUGCUUGUAAACAGUGUGGCAGACAUAUGACCCCUAUAUUGUAGGACGUCUAUUCAAAUAGUUAAAAACAGUCUUGAUCAUUCAAGAGAUAUCAACAUGAUGUGCGCCACAUGAAGUCCACCAUCGAUCAAUCGGCCUCCAUCGUGUGUAUGUGUGUGCGCGCGUGUGUGCUUCAAUGUUUGAUUUUGCACAACCUUCGGUUCAGGUUUUUGGUCCCCAUUUCAAGAACUAUUCUUUGACCAACCAUUAUUGCAGAUAGAGUACAAGGUUGCAUUUCGCAGUAUGGUGAAGGAAAUAGUCGAAAAAAGUAGUUUGUUGUACUCUCACACAUGUAGGAGAAGUAUCGAUGUGCGAAUAUAGUAACAUUAGUACACCAAGCAUUAGAGCAAAGUGAAGAAUAUGAGUUACAGUCAUUUUUAGGAAGUAAGAUUAAUUUUUUUUAAGAAUUCCAACUUCACUGUACAUAAUCUAAACUACACCAUACAUCUAGGGUCACAUCAUUAAUAACCUAGCGCGCGUGUGUGUGUGCGCGCAAUGAAACAAAUGCACGUUGCGGAUGUAACGUCGUAGUGUAGCAUAAACCAGUGUUGCAAACGAUUGUGGUCCACCACGCACGGGAACGGGAAGUCAUCCAGAGAGGCAUAAAAAACUCCCUUCCAAUCACCGGCAAGAGAAACAAUUUAUAUAUGUUGCAUGUGUAUAUUGUGCAAGGUUCAUAAGUCAUCGACAAGGAACAGCAGGGAGAUUAAAAGAAAGUAAUAUUUUAUGUACAAACAUUUUUGAAAUGCUUAAGUCCUCCAGUCAGAAUCAGAACAUUAAAACAACGCAUGGCUUGUGGAGGAUGGCCGAAGAAGGUAAAAAAUGUACAUAGCAAAAAGUCAUUUGAGAAGAGAAAGAGAGAGAGUAGUAGCGGGGGUCAUUUUUCUUCAUGUGCAAUUAUGAUGUUUUAUUUGAUCUAUUUGAUGUCAUAAUGUAACGGACAGCACAGAGCAGUUGCAAGAAAUAUCAUAAUUUGGCAUUAAGACACAACAUGUUUAUUAUAAGCUGUAUCAGUCAGGCAUCCCAUUUACUGAACUCAUAUUUCAUCGAAAAUAUCCAUUAGGAAGUGUUUUUUUUUUUCAAUUUUUCAUUUAUUUUCUCCUUUUCUUGUACACAUGAACUCCAUUGUCAAGCGCGCGCCCUCUAUACGUUUAAUUACAAAUGUGUUAUAAUAUUAAUGUAGUGCAGGAAGAUAUGAAAUACGGAAUAGAAUACACACAGAUGUGUCGAUGGCGGCAAUUGCAUACUACAAUGCAGUUUAGCAGGGUUCCGUCAAAACAGAUCCUGAUCUAAUAGCGAGAAAAAGGAUAAGAGUGUUUUGAAUUAUUCGGCUUCCCACUCAGCGUGGGAGUCUCCUAAAGGAAAGUCGGGUACUUUUCAGAAAUAAAAUUUUCAAGAAAA